AUGACAGAUAACCUGGAUAUAGCCGAGUCUCUCUCAUACCCAGAGGAUCUCUGUCCUCCUGAUAACUUUAAUAUGGUCUCCACAUGGAUCUAUCGGAGCAGUUUCCCAAAGAAGAAAAACUUUUCCUUCUUGAAAAAGUUGGGAUUGAAAAGUAUCCUCACUCUCAUCUUGGAGGAUUAUCCUGAUCAGAAUAUGAAAUUUCUGAAAGAAAACGAUAUAACUCUCUUUCAGUUCGGCAUUGCUGGAAACAAGGAACCUUUCGUUCAAAUUCCUGACGACAAGAUCUGUGCCGCAUUAGCCGUCCUUCUCGAUCGACGUAAUCAUCCCAUUCUGAUCCAUUGUAAUAAGGGCAAACAUCGCACUGGAUGCCUAAUUGGCUGUCUCCGGAAACUCCAGCAAUGGAGCCACACAUCCAUUUUUGAUGAGUACCGCCGCUUCUCCCAUCCAAAGUCUCGGUCUAUGGAUCAGCAAUUUAUCGAGCUGUUUGAUAGUCGUGAAGCUUGGAAGGUCAUUGAUCCAAAAUGGAUUCCAGACUGGAAGACAUUAGGCCACCACGCAGGGAUAUAG